CUACAUAAGACGUACGUGAUCUGGGCGCGUGGUAUGGCCCUGUUCGAUUUUUGAGGCUACCAAUUCAAACAGGCCAUUACGUAUUCUUGACCCUGGACCAGUUUGAACUUCGAAUCAUCAUGAUUUUUACAUCAAAAUCACCUCAUACUUGUGAAUAUUGUCAACAGGUUACGCUUGACUUCGGGCUAAGCAGAGACACCGUGCAAUUCACGUGUGGGGUUAAGGAAGUCGUUGCAGCUGACCAAGCUCGAUGUAAUCUUUUUCAUGCUUUCAUCGUGAGCUUGGAGAGGGAGAUUCGGUUGGAAGAACUUCGAAGCACAAAUCGAAAUCUAGAGUUCUCGAUUCGAUUUGAGAAAGAGAACUUGCCCGACUUUCCAGCAGAUCUUGUUCUUACGGUGAAUGAAAUAGCAGAUGAUGGAGCAAGGAAAAAUAAUGUGCUCGGCUACUCGCGUUUAUCACUUUGGACACAUGAAGGCAACGCCGCCACAGUCGAUAUCUCCACUAGACCUUAUGAAUUGGAUCCUGCCUCCCCCCUUAGUAUAGAGUUCUCUCGUCGCUGUAUUCGGUCGUGUCAGAAUGAUCACGAACAAUGUAGGCGAUCGAUUGGUGACAUCAUGGCUCGUCAGGGGCCAACAUUAAUCGAUCCCAAUUCUAUUCCUUCUCGCCUCUUACGUUUAGUGACGAAGAAUUCGGAGCUCUUCGUUCAACUUAUUGGCCGUAGCUCGCCUUCGGCUAUUGAAAGUGAGACGGUAUCCCAUGAAGGUUUCGCAAUCCUAUCCUAUUGCUGGGGAGGACCACAGCCCAUACAGUUAACUCGUGAUACCGUUGACAAUCUUGGGAAUGGCAUCCCAGUGGCACAGCUGCCAAAGAGUCUUCGUGACGCAGCAUGGCUUACUAACGAAAUAGGGUUGAAAUACCUGUGGAUUGAUGCUCUCUGUAUCAUCCAAGAUAAUGUUGAGGAUAAGAUCCAUGAAAUAUCCCGCAUGGAGCUUUAUUAUGGCCAGAGCACAGUCACGAUCUGCGCCGCGUCGGCAUCCAGGUGCUCAGAAGGCUUCAUUUUAUCUCGCGACGAAGAUGUUGCGAAUUAUAAAUUUGGUCCGAUAAAGCUACGAGCUAAGACCUCAAUAGGUACCUUUGGAUCUGUCCAGGCUCUAGCUGAAUUCGAUUAUUUCAACGGACGGAGACCUCCGGAACCUAUCAUACUACGAGGAUGGACGCUCCAAGAGGCCUUGCUAUCGAGGCGUAUUCUAAUAUUCUCCUCUUACCAUCUAUAUUUCACCUGUACUGUUGCCAACGCCAGCUGCGGUGGUUUCGAGCCGGUGCUAAAGCCUCGCGUCAUGACGACAUAUCAAUCUCGGGUUGCCAAUGUGCAUACUAUAUCUGGACUUCGGGACUAUCCGGUUACUUAUGUGUGGAGGAACCUCAUCAAUGACUACACGCAAAGAUACUUGGGUGUUUCUACGGAUAAGCUGCCGGCAGUUUCUGCUCUGGCAUCGAGCCUCAUUCCCAUGGGGAGGGAGCGAAAUCAGAAAUUGGUAUACCUUGCGGGGCUCAUGGUAGAUACAUCAGAUCCAGAAAAUUACUCCUGGCGAAAUGAAUUCUUAUGGAGGGUGUACCAAAUGCGGAGUACAAGCCGCAUUCCUACUGGAUCUCCGUCGUGGAGUUGGUCUUCACUCAACGGCCGUAUCAUAACAUGCAGUCGAUACCCGUUUAGUAGCAAUUGGAACAUUGCGGAAGAAACUGAGGAUAUAAGACUAUGCGAAUAUGGAGUUGAGCUCGAGAAUAAAAUAGCGCCAUUCAGCGCUGUUAAGGGAGGGUUCGUCAAGAUACACGCGAGAACUAAAGAGCUAAGCACAAUUCAAGGACACAACCACAAGAUUGCAACCGAAAGCAACCCCACCACUGUUUUUGAAAAGACCGACUACACUACGCUCGUGUUUGUUCCGGAUACGGAAGAGGGGAUGUACACCAUCGACAGAGGCAACAGAGGAGAACAGCGAGUGUUUCUUGUUGAGCUUGUACCGUUUUACGAGUCAGGUGAUACACCUACCGGUCUCAUCGUCACCGACGCAGAGGGUACGGGCCGUUAUACGCGUGUAGGUAUAUUCGAAUAUCAACAUCCCGAGGAUAAUCGAAAUGCAGAGGAAAUGGCUCUAAGGAAAGUUUUAUUUGGCGGUUCAAACCUUGAGCAUGUUCAUAUAGUUUAGUGCAAUGGGGUAGACCUUGGUAGGCCUCUUCUCAGGAUAGAAGAUUGUGAUUGAACUUUCCAAAUACGACGAUAUUGACCUGACUGGAUGGGAGGCUAACACGCUGUGGUUUCAAA